UCGGCCCUGAAGCCCGGCGAUGCGGUGGCCCUCAGCUGCGUGGCGUACGGAGGUUAUCCUGAGGCAGAGGUGGUCUGGCAGGAUGGAGCCGGACACAAUCUGACUGACAACGUCACCGUCUCACAGGUGGCCAACGAGGAGGGUCUGUUCAGCGUGAAGAGCGUCCUGACGGUGAUCCUGGAGCCCAGCAGCACUUACAGCUGCAGACUGAGCCAGCCGCUGCUGGGAGAAGAAGCACAGGCGUCUGUCACCAUCAGCGGU